AUGGAGAUGCGGGGCGAAGCGAGAGAAGUGUCGACAUCAUGUGCAGAGUACAGAUGCGGGAAGCCGUACAAUAUCAGUCAGCAAAAAGAUGCAGGAACCGCUGAACAUCGCAUCGCAGGGGGUACGGACGCUCUGCCUGGACAGUGGCCAUGGGUAGUCGCACUGUACAAGAAGGCACGGCUAAUCUGCGCCGGUAGUUUAAUUGAAGACAAUUUCGUUUUAACAGCCGCACAUUGCGUCUACUCGAAUCAAAACCCGUCGAUUUACACCGUUCUGGUCGGUUCAACACAUUUGCGUAACGCGAGCCGCGUCGACAUUGUCAAGAUAUAUGUUCAUCCGUUGUUCAACAAAGUCAUGCCCAGAGCGUACGACGUGGCGCUUUUGAAGCUCUCAGAAAAUCUGGAUAUGGGUCCUAACGUAGGACUACUUUGCCUACCAGUAGCUCCCCCGACAAACAUGGAGAAAUGCACGGUGGUCGGGUGGGGGUACUUGAGUGAAGAUGGAAUUCCUUCAGAUAGCCUGCAGGAGAUUCAAGUUCCGGUCGUGCCCAACGUCGUUUGCAAUGACAUUUAUCACUACGCGGGAAUGGUUCACAGAACAAUGCUUUGCGCAGGCUACGACGAAGGUAUCAAAGAUGCGUGUCAGGCAAUGCAUGUUGGAAUGUUUCAGGGCGAUUCUGGUGGCCCUCUUGCUUGUUUGUAUAAUGACACGUGGUAUUCGCAAGGAGUCGUCAGUUGGGGCUAUGGCUGUGCUCGACCGAUGCGCCUUGGAGUUUAUGCCAGAACCUUGGCCAUGAAAACAUGGAUUCAGUCAACGGUGACCAACCGACGACGUCAUUGA